AUGGACACGGACACGCAAACGCUCCUCCUCGCGCUCGCCAUCCCGCUGAUCGGCCUGCCGCUGCUCUACACCUACACCGCGUCCGCCACCGCCGCCCGCCUGCCGACCCUGCGCAACAAGCGCAUCUGCCUGCUGAUCGCCCACCCAGACGACGAGGCCAUGUUCUUUGCGCCCACCGUGCUGGCGCUCACGCGACCUGAGACGGGAAACCAUGUCAAGAUCCUGUGUCUGAGCAUUGGCGACGCCGACGGUCUGGGCGAGACACGCAAGCGCGAGCUGGUGCGCAGUGCCAUGUUGCUGGGGUGCAGGCAGGAGGAUGACGUGUUUGUGAUUGACAGUCCCGACUUCCCCGACUCCAUCACCACAGAGUGGGAUCCGACGCGCAUCAGCGCCCUCCUGAGCAGCGCCUUCGCGCCGCACCUCUCGUCGAAAAAGGACAACAGCACCGCGCCGACCGCCCUGAUCGACGCCCUCGUGACCUUCGACGCCUGCGGCGUCUCCUCGCACCCGAACCACAUCUCGCUCUACCACGGCGCCCACGCCUUCGUGCGCGCCCUCGUGCACGACAAGCCCGGCUGGGCCUCGCCCGUCGACCUGUACACCCUGUCCUCGGUCAGCGUGCUGCGCAAGUACGUCGGCUUCCUCGAUAUGUUCGCCACCAUGGUGGCGCUGGCCUGGGCGGCCAUGGCGGCGGGCGGGGGGAAGAAGAAGGGCGCGAAGCGGAAGAGCGACAGGGGCAACCCGGGCGUCCUGGUCAACAUGAGCGCCCUGGUCGGCGGCCGCGAGAGCUAUGGCACGGCGCGCUGCGCCAUGACACAGGCGCACAAGAGCCAGAUGGUGUGGUUCCGGUGGGGGUGGAUCGCGCUCAGUCGGUACAUGGUCAUCAAUGACCUGCGCCUCGAGAAGGUCAAGUCGUGA